AUGAAUAUAGGCACACACCCAGUAGCACAGAUCCAAUCGGUCCCUGCUGUAUGCUAUGAGAUUUGCAGUGGUCCUCACCAAACGUGUUAUUAUUUUGCGACUCCUCAACAGGUGGAAGAAAUCAAAUUCUUGAAGCCAAAUAAUCCUUACUCCAAGACAUACAACCCGGGAUGGAAAAAUCAUCCCAAUUUCUCAUGGAAAGAUCAAAAAGGAACCGCCCCUCAACAUGGUCAAUACCAAACUCAAUAUCAACAACAACAACAGCAACAAGCCCCUAAGAAAGCUAAUUGGGAAAUUGAUAUUGAGAGAAUGGCUACCCACAAUGUCCAAUUUCAAGAAGAAACCCGGAACAAUCAAAAAAUUACCACAGCAUCUAUAAAGAAUCUUGAAGUUCAAAUGGGGCAAAUCGCUCAACAACUAGCUUCAAGUUCUCAAGCACAAGUUAUUGAGGAAGUUGAUGAAGAGAGAGACCAAUUGAUCGAAGUGGACCUUGAGAUAAGAGAAAAUGAAGUGGUUAGAGAAGAAGUAGCAGCAUCGAAACCAGUGGUGAAAGAAACAAGCAUUGAGCCCAAACCGGUUGUUAAACUCCCAUUCCCCACUCGGAACAAGAAAAAAGGGCAACAUGAGAACUUUUUUGAAAAGUUCUUAGAGUUGUUCAAGAAGCUGGUGAUUAAUAUUCUGUUGUUGGAGGCACUUGAACAAAUGCCUACAUAUGCAAAGUUCAUGAAGGAUAUCAUUUCUAAGAGGCGUACCGCCGACACUAACCCAAUUAUCCUCACUGAAACUUGUAGUGCUAUUUUUCAGGGUAUGAAGAUUCCUAUCAAAAAGAAGGAUCGCGAAGCUGUCACUAUCCCAUGCACUAUUGGAGAUAGGUCAUUCAACAAAGCUCUGAUUGAUCUGGGAGCUAGUGUGAGUCUCAUGCCGUUAUCUAUCUACAAAAAACUGGGUAUAGGGGUUGUGCAAGAUACCAGAAUGACACUCCAAUUUGCCAAUCAUUCAGUCAAGAAACCGUAUGGCAUUGUUGAAGACGUUCUGGUAAAAAUUGAUAAGUUUGUUUUUCCGGUGGAUUUUGUAAUUCUCGAAAUGCUGGAAGAUGAAGAGAUCUCUCUCAUUCUGGGGAGACUCUUUCUGGAGUUGGGCCGGUGCUUAAUAAACAUCGAAGAAGGAACAAUGACACUAAAAGUUUAUGAUGAAGAAUUAAAAAUCGAUGUUCGAAACACUAUGAGGUACAAGGAUGAUAUUUGUACAAGUCACACUAUAGAGGUUUUGGAUCAAGUGACGACAUUUGAUAACCUUAUGCCUACACCCCAGUCACCUUUGGAGAGAGUGUUGAGUUUGUCCAUUUUCGAGUCGGAUAAAGAGGUAUAUAAUAAAGACUCUGAAGUGCUUGCCUUGUUGUAUGCGCAAACUCCGUGGAAAGGAUCUAGACCACGACGGUGGGAAGAUUUAUGUUUACCUCCAUCUAGUGAGGAAAAUGAAGAACUUAAGAAGGAAACAGAGUUGAAACAACUUCCUGACAACCUCAAAUAUAUCUUUCUCGAGCCUGAAGGAAAAUGUCCUGCUAUCGUAAACUCGAGCCUUCAGGACAUCCAAGAAGAAAAGCUCAUCCAAGUCUUGAAAAAGUACAAAACUACUAUUGGAUGGAAAAUUGAAGAUUUGAAGGGUAUUAACCCUACUGUUUGCAUGCAUAAAAUAUUAAUGGAAGACGACCACAAGCCAGUAGUCCAACCGUAG